AUGGACCCAGAAUUUAAACCUUUUACAGUUCCCAGUUUUACGCCUGAACAGCAGCAGGCCUUGCAUAGCAAACUUGACGCGGCUAUAUUUCCAAACGAGUUGGAACAAGAUGUCGGCUGGUCUUACGGCGCGCCUACGUGGGCUGUACAAAAUAUGAUCAAAGAAUGGCUCAAUUAUGAUUUUGAAGAAGCAAGAAAAGAAAUGAAUCAAUGGCAUCACUAUCGUACCCAGAUUGACGGUUUAAAAAUUCAUUUUGUACAUGAACCAUCCCCGCAACCCGACGCGAUCCCUAUUCUGUUACUUCAUGGCUGGCCGUCCUCUUUUUAUGAAUUUCACAAAAUCAUUGCCCCUUUAAGGGAUGGUGAUGAUGGUAACCAGGAUACAGAGACAACAUGGGAUGAAACUCGUAAAUCCUCAUUCUCUCGGCUGCAGGCAUUCCACGUUGUCGUUCCCAGUCUCCCAGGCUUUGGAUUCUCAGAAGCACCGAAAAAGCCAGGCUACGGUGUAGCUAAAAUGGCCUACAUUGUAAAUCAGCUCAUGAUCAAACUCGGAUAUACACGCUAUGUGUUACACGGCGGGGAUUGGGGAGCGAUCAUUGGCAAAUGGAUUGCCACACGGUAUUCCGAUCACUGUCGCGCUUUCCAUACCAAUCUUCCGUUUUCUCUACCUCCACUACCGACGCCACGCAACUUGAUAUUCUACCCCUUCAAAAUUGCAAAGUUCUUUGGUAGCUUAGUGCUGGGAUUUGAUCGUGUCUACGGACAAGGAAAAACCAAACUGGGUGGAGCGACUUUUGCCAAUGCAGAAUGGAAUUACGACUGCGGCUAUCGCGCUAUUCAAGGCACACGUCCCUAUACCCUCGCUUUCGGACUGACUGACAGCCCCAUCGGUUUGUUAGCAUGGCUGCUGGAGAAAUACCACGAGUGGACCUAUCACUUACCUGAAAAACAAGAUACAGAAGCCUUGCCGGAAACCAUUACACCCCACGAAUUCUUGACACAAGUGACCUUGUACUGGAUGACCAACACCAUCUCGUCGUCGAUUCGUAUCUACUACGAGUGUCUUCAUCAAAAGGAAAUCUUCAAGGUCGUGUUUCCACGGGUCAAAGUCCCAGUCGCCGUGUGCGCCUUUGCCCAUGAUAUUUCCAGGCUUCCACGGGAUUGGCUAGAAACAUCCACCAAUUUGCAUCAGUACUCUGAAAUGAUUUCGGGAGGCCACUUUCCUGCUUUGGAGGAAAACACCCUGCUGCAACAUGAUCUGCAAAGGUUUGGCCAACUGCUCAAGAGCAAACAGCUGCUGCCUUGA